ACUACUUAGUAACUACUACUGCUGCUACUACUGCUGCUGCUGCUCCUACUGCUACUAGUACUGCUGCUGCUCCUACUGCUACUGUAUCACUGAUAGACAUCUAGAGCAAGAGGCAUGCCACCACUCCUCCUAUGGCUAGACCUAGAAAUGACUGGACUCGACAUCUACAAAGACCAAAUCAUAGAGGUCGCCGCUCUCCUCACAGACAUGAACCUGCAAGAGCUACCAGAGUCCCGCUGCGAAUAUAUCCUUGCCUGCCCUGAUGCCCUGCUUGAUGGCAUGGAUGCCUGGUGUACAAAGACACACGGUGAAUCCGGCCUCACACAAGCAUGUCGCCUUUCCAACGUGACACUAGCAGAUGCAGAACAGCACCUCUUGCAGCGAUUGCAGCAGCUGGGUUGUGUACAGGGCCAGCUCUUCCUGGCAGGCAACUCCAUCCAUGCAGACAGAACAUUCCUGCAGCUCCAAAUGCCGCGGUUUGUUCAAUUCCUGCACUAUCGACAAGUUGAUGUAUCGUCCCUCAAAUGCCUGGCACAGUCUUGGGUGCCUGAGCUAGAGAGCCGCAAGCCAGUCAAACAAGGCAGUCAUCGUGCACUUGGCGAUUUGCUCGAAAGUUUGGAAGAGCUACGGUACUAUCGAAAACACUGGCUCAUCACACCGCCGUCAUAGAUUGCAAGGGUCAUAGUCUGUUUACUUCUUGGCAGCAAUCACCUAGCAUCGUUAGCAGUACUUCUCGCAUAGCAUAAACAAACCGAUGGCACAAUGAUG